CCUCGCCGGGGUCCCCUCCUUCUGUCCCUAGCUGCCAGGCAGCAGCAUCCACUAUCCAGUGCCUGCCUGCUGCCGGCGCGCUCUGUGCCCAGGGAGCAGCGGCGCUGCCCAGCGGCGCGGGAGCCGGGAGCGCGGCUGGACAGGGCAGGGCUGGGCAGGGCAGGGCUGGGCUGGGCUUACCCAGUGCUGAGGGCUCCCUGCUGCUGCUCCCGCCUGCCCGCCUUCCUGCCCGGGGUUAAAGACUUCUGGGUCCUGGGCCUGCUACAUAAGAGAGGCCCUAGUUACGGCAACCAUGACAACGGCCAUCUUGGAGCGCCUGAGCACAUUCUCCGUCAGUGGACAGCAGCUCCGACGUCUGCCUAAGCUCCUGGAGGAUGGCCUUCCCAAGAUGCCUUGCACCGUCCCAGAAACUGAUGUGCCCCAGCUCUUCCGGGAGCCCUACAUCCACACUGGCUACCGCCCCACAGGCCACGAGUGGCGUUACUAUUUCCUCAGCCUCUUUCAGAAACACAACGAGGUGGUCAAUGUGUGGACCCACUUGCUGGCAGCCCUGGCUGUCCUCCUGAGAUUCCAAGCCUUUGCCGAGGCAGAAGCCCUGCCGUGGACCUCGGCCCAUUCCCUGCCCCUGCUCCUCUUCAUCUUGUCCUCUAUCACGUACCUCACCUGCAGCCUCCUGGCCCACCUGCUGCAGUCCAAAUCAGAGCUGUCCCACUACACCUUCUACUUUGUGGAUUAUGUGGGGGUGAGCGUCUACCAGUAUGGCAGUGCCCUGGCUCACUUCUUCUAUAGCUCUGAUCCAGCCUGGUAUGAGCGGUUCUGGCUCUUCUUCCUGCGCGCUGCCUUCUGCGGCUGGUUGUCUUGUGCUGGUUGCUGCUAUGCCAAGUACCGCUACCGGAGGCCUUACCCAGUCAUGAGGAAGAUCUGUCAGGUGGUCCCGGCAGGGCUGGCCUUCAUUCUGGACAUCAGUCCCGUGGCCCACAGAGUGGCACUGUGCCACCUGUCCGGCUGUCAGGAGCAGGCUGCCUGGUACCACACCCUACAGAUUUUCUUUUUUCUGGUCAGUGCCUAUUUCUUCUCCUGUCCAGUCCCAGAGAAAUAUUUCCCAGGCUCCUGUGAUAUUGUGGGUCAUGGGCACCAGAUCUUCCAUGCCUUUCUGUCGGUCUGCACCCUCUCCCAACUUGAGGCCAUUCUUCUGGAUUACCAAGGACGACAGGAUAUCUUUCUGCAGCGGCAUAGCCCCUUCUCUGUCUACUUGGCCUGCCUCUCAUUCUUCAUCUUGGCUGCCUGUAGUGGUUCAACUGCAGCCCUCCUAAGGUGCAAGAUCAAGGCUGAACUGACCAAGAAGGAUUCCUGAGGGUGGCAGGUUGAGGAUUGUGUGGUUUCUUGGGAAUUUGCUUGGAAAAAUAAAAAAAACUCUAGAAAGAGUGGGAGAAGAACAUUGAAUUUUUUUUUAAAGAGCUGUACUUUAGAUUAAACUUUAUUUCUAAGUAAGAGCUUAUGGUUAUAGCAACUGGAAAGCAUAAAAGUCUUUUCUUAUUUUAAUAAUGGGAAUAUUUCUUUUCUUCAGCAAUACAUCCUCAGAUGGCACAGAUAGGGAAGGUGCCUUGACUAGAUUUCAUCAUGACUUCUGAAUCGAGGAGAAUUUGACUGGUCUUAACAGGGCAGAAUUCCAGCUCAGCCUGCUAAGGCUAGUAGCCCUCAGGAUGAGAGGGAUUUAAUAUUGAACUGGAGAAAAUGCUGAGCAAAUUGCUGUUGUUCCCGCAGCCCCAUUAUGCUGAUGUCUGAAGGGUGGGAUGAUCUCAGAACCCUUUUUCAACUGAAUUUAGAGCACCAAGGGUCCAGAGAUCAGUGAUCAAAACCCAUGAACACAUUGAAUUAUUUGGUUCCUCUGAUCUUCCUUUCCUUUUCUCUCCUUUCUCAGGAUGACUGUCAGCUGCUUGAGGCUGGGCUAUUCACCUAGUUCUGAAGUGUACAUGGUGACCGAAAGGACUAUAUAUCAACUAUAUGGAGUCUGCAGAGACAUUCAGAAAACCAUGUAUUCUGACACUCAUUCAGCCUCAGUGAAAUGCUAAGAGUGUUUAGGAGGGCUUGAUUUCCAGAAUGUAUUUUGUUGGGCACUGGUUUUUUUGCACUGGAGAUUAUCAUAGCUCCCUUUUGGGCUUGGGAACCCUAUGGUUGAGCAAGGAAUCUGCUCUACUCUUUAACGAGGCCAGAUGCUGGCAUGUGGGAGGAUGAGCUGUUUCCAGGUGUCCUUUUCAGGGUUUCUCAUUGAUUUGGAGAACAUUUGGGGUCCUGACUAGACAUUAUUUCCCCAUCUUCCUCAACUUCUCCAGUAGAUCAUCCCAGCCCCUUGAGGGAGCCCACAUAAAUAGUCUACUGUGGAUCUCCAAGCGAGUAGUAGGUCUGCUUUGACCUGGAACAAAUCAUUCAGAAUUGCUCUGGGUAUCUAGGAAGAACCCAUAUAUUAUUCCUCGGUUUGAACACAUGUGGACUUUAUUCCCCAUAAAGUACAUAUUUCAACUAGAAUUGUCCUGUAAUAUGAUGGAUUCAGGACAGGCAACACUCACUAAGAACUUUAUGUGAUCCAGAGUAACUUGGAUAUCCAUCCAGAGCAGCCAUGAAAUCCUUCCUUCUUAGAGGCCACCAAUUCUCCUUUAGCCUCUAUCAGCAAUUGUCAAGGUUAAUGAUGAGUCAGUCUGGCCUCCUCUCAGAACAGUAUUUAAAGACCCAUUCACUGAGAUUUAUGUUCGUAAGCUCUAAUUCUUUUAUUCUUGGUCAAGUCCUUGUUCUUAAUUUCAUUUCUACUGGACCCAAAGAUAUUUGUUUAAUUUUUUUUAGCUGAUUUAAUUGAUUCAGGGAAAUUUCCUACUGAAGAAACUUCCUUUUCUAAUAAGUAACUUAGCUACCAUUUUUUAUUUUACUUAGGGAGGUGCCUAGUAUACUUAGAAGGUAAGUGACUUGCCCAAAGUCACACAAGCCAGUAUGUGUUGGGAGCAGGCCCUGAACCUUCUGUCAGCUGAGCUCUCUGUCUUCUAGGCCAAGCUGCCUGUUGUUUGGAUUUAGUGCCUUAUAAAUUCAAAUGUGUUCAUUGUUUUCAUUUUUGACCAGGUGGCAAUUUUCCUUUUAGAGAUUAAAGCAAUAAGGCCAAGGAACAUUUCAUUCUCCCAACCAGCAAAAAGAGAAGGUAGAAAAAGGCUAGUUAUUGCUUUUCAACUGAAAGACCCCAAAAAUGUUCAUGAAAAUUUCACUAUUACUUUUAUUUAUUAAUUGAUGGAAGAAAUCCUGUAUUUCUGUCCCCUUUCAUCCAACUGGAUGUCUCAGUGUUGAACCUUAAAUUCCAGAGGACUUAUUAAAUAAGUUUCUCAUAUAAUAUAUUCAACAGCUGUGGUAACCAGUACAAAUAAAGCCAAAUAAACUGAAUAGGCUUGAACUAAGACUAUACUGAAAGAGCAUGCAAACAUAUGGAGCAAGCCUGGAUUCAGUAUUGCCAUUUGACUAAGCAACUAGACAUUGAUGUGUUGAUGACACCUUAAAAAACUUUAUUUUUUAAAAGAAUUGGAUUGAAGAGCAUUGUCUUCUCACUAAGUCAAUCCUUGUGAUUGAUCUGUGGCUCUAUUUAAUACCAAAGAUCUUUACACUAAGGCCAGGUGUUUACAAAGGGAGGAUGGAAGGCAAAGGAUUCCAGUGUUGUUGAGGCAGAGAGGAUAUGUCAGAAUAUCA